AUGUCGGCGGAAGCAACAUAUGGCGUUGGUUUAGGUCUAGGUCUAGACUUGAACAAGAGCCCGCCCAAGGCUGAUCUGCAGUUGCAACCCACCGUCGGCGCCCCGGCCGACUGCCCCGCGCAGGCGCCGGAGCCACCGCUGCAGACCUGCUCUGCGCCGGCCAAAAGCGCGAGCGUUGAUCCGCGCAAGUAUAGCCUGCCACUGGCCAUCUUGCCAGCACCGCAGCCAGCUGGUGCUGCCCCUGCCUUGCCCCCUGGUCUGGCGAAUCCCCAGGUGCCCCCAGCCCUGUCAUCCCCGCUGCAGCCUGCACGAUCAGGGAAUUCGAGGCAGCGGGUCAAGAAGAGGGGCCGGCCACCGAGCCCCACCGGCAGGAAGGGGCCGAAGGGUCGUUUUGAGAUUCUCUCUUUAUCUGGCUCAUAUGUGCCGAUAGAAUUAGAUGGAGUGGUCAUUGGAAGGUUUCAAGGUGAUGAUAAAAAGCAGCUUGGACAGGCUGGUACCACUGAGACUAUGGGUGCUAUGAAUGGAGGAUCACAUGGCGAGCUACGAAUUGUGCCAAACUAG